AUGGCGCGGAAAGAGUCCGCCCCUGAGUCCUUGCAAAACUGGUGGGAAGGAGUCGUUUCCGCUUUAGUUGCCGGAGCUUGUUUGGAGCGUGCAGGUCAAAGCAGCUGUGUCCUGAGGUUGGGCAAGUACGAUGCAGCGCUUGCAGAUGUCGACACGCUCCUUCCCCUGCUGGCCACGGACUCAGCCGACAGUGAGAGCCAUCAUUGCGACAGCCCCCAAGACGAGGACCAGAGCAACAGCAAGGACGCCCAAUCCCUGCGAGAGGAGCUUCUCAGGCUGAAGCCUGCCCCCGCUCCCGUUCAGGAGGUGCGGCAGGCCUCCGAGACACCGCCGGGGUUCAAGCGAAUGCAGAUCGUCGAGGACGUCGUGCUCCAGGCCAGUGAUGAUGAGGAUGAGGAGGAGCCGCCAAAGGCACCGGCAUCUCCGGCAAAGCCGACAGAGGCCAAGGCACCGGCAGCCGCGAAGCCCGCGGAGGCCUCAAAGGCGCCUGCCGAGCCGUACGCUGACAUCAAGUUGGAGUACAGUGUCGAUGGCGCCGAGAAGGGCAAGCAGGAGGCCAACCGCCUCUUCACCGAAGGCAAACUCGAGGAGUCCGCAAGGUGGUUCUCCAAAGCGAUUUGGCUUGUCGAGGAGUCGGGGAAGGUGACGGGAGUCACAGCAGCUCUCCGGGGAAUCCUGCGUUCCAACCGCGCCUUCGCCCGGAUUAAGCUGCGGCAGUGGGCAGAGGCGGAGUCGGAUUGCAGCGAGGCGCUGUCACUGAACGCUUCGAAUGCGAAGGCGCUCUACCGGCGCGCCAUGGCGCGGAAAGAGUUGGGCAAGUACGAUGCAGCGCUUGCAGAUGUCGACACGCUCCUUCCCCUGCUGGACCAGAGCAACAGCAAGGACGCCCAAUCCCUGCGAGAGGAGCUUCUCAGGCUGAAGCCUGCCCCCGCUCCCGUUCAGGAGGUGCGGCAGGCCUCCGAGACACCGCUGGGGUUCAAGCGAAUGCAGAUCGUCGAGGCCAGUGACGAUGAGGAUGAGGAGGAGCCGCCAAAGGCACCGGCAUCUCCGGCAAAGCCGACAGAGGCCAAGGCACCGGCAGCCGCGAAGCCCGCGGAGGCCUCAAAGGCGCCUGCCGAGCCGUACGCUGACAUCAAGUUGGAGUACAGUGUCGAUGGCGCCGAGAAGGGCAAGCAGGAGGCCAACCGCCUCUUCACCGAAGGCAAAGUCGAGGAGUCCGCAAGGUGGUUCUCCAAAGCGAUUUGGCUAGUCGAGGAGUCGGGGAAAGUCACGGGAGUCACAGCAGCUCUCCGGGGAAUCCUGCGUUCCAACCGCGUCGCAGGGCUGCAAUUAGGAGAGGGGUCGAAGGGCUCCAUGGGAAAUGGGGCACACGCUGCGGCCACUUUCAAGCUUUGUCUCGUUUCAUUGCAUGGCUUUGACGCCAUGAUCCUGUCGACAGCUUGGCUGCUUCCUGCUGCCUUUCUCUCCACGUGGGCUUAUGCCUCUGCAGAAGAGAACUUGACUGGAAACUCAUCCGGCUGGCUACACUUGUGCCGGGAAGUCGCCGCAUUGCGAUCGCAGCUGCCUCCCUUCAUUGCCAAGAUGGGACGACUGUACGAAGCUCGUCAGGUUGUGAGCAUCUGGGCAAUACUUGAGCAAGGCUUAGAUGCUCUUGAUCGCAGUGCUGCGUCACAAGCAACCUUUCACACCAAUGGUGGAAACUGCAAGAAGCGGCGCUUGCGCUUGCGCAAGGACGUGAAUGCCACGAGCCCUCUUUGGAAUGGUGAGGUUCACGCCUCCUGCGACACUGCCGUGGGCUCCGGGCCCUGGCGACUGAAGCUUGACAUGACUGCCCCGCCGAACGCCAGCGCAGCAUACCAGAGGCCGCAGCGGUUACUGUUGGUGUUCACGACUGCCUGGCCGCAAGUUCUUCCGCAGGUGAGAUUCGUGAGCAAGCUGCAGAGCAUCUAUGCCAAAGAGGUGGGAGAGGAAAAAAUGGACUUCCACGUCCGCGAGCCCACUGGCAAACUCCUAGCGCGGAUCCACGAAAACUUUGGCGAGGGCAUCUCGUGCAUGUGGCGCCAGACAAGCGCCUGCAAAGCCACGGGCGCCCGGGAGCCGGACCGAGAUCGCCUUUGCUCUGAGAAACUUCCGGCUGGGGUUUCCGGCUUCUGCGAUUGCGAUGGUGAUGACCUUCAGGGCCAGGGCGAACCUGGCUACGACUGUCAAGAGGCCCCUGGCAGCUGCGAGAGCGUCUGCCCGAACGUGCGGAGCCAAUCGGCACCGAGCGUGUUCGAGCUGAAGCGGCUGCUGACCGUGCUGCACCGUUCCCUCGGAGGGCCCCUGCACGCUUCGGAUGAGCGCGCGUGGCAGAAGGGGGCGUCCACUUUCACAAAGUCCGCCAGCACGGUGGUCAGGUACAAGUCCUUUGGGAGGAAACAUCCUUUUCUCUUCGAGAGCGCGGGCCUACGCAUGGAGGACGCGAUCGACCCGAGCAUGCUGAAGCUGAUUGCCUCACUGGAUGGCAGCUCCCGCGAUGCCGCGCGGAAGCUGGGCUUGAAUCCGAACGUUUUCCGUUUGUCUGGCCGUUCUGCUUGUCGGAAACAGCUCAGAGUCAGCUUCUCGAUUCUGGCUUGGUGUCCGAAGUCAUUCCCGGUCUCGCCCCUGGCCUUGUCUGGUACCUCCUAUCGAGAGGCUGAGGUUUUCAGCUUCCCGAUCUUCAAGACGGAGUUCUGCGAGCUGUUGAUGGAGGAGAUCCGGCACUUCUACGGCUCCAAGCUGCCAGCCAAGCGCCCCAACUCCAUGAACAACUACGGCAUCAUCCUCAAUGACAUAGGCUUGGAACCUCUCAUCUUCGACUUGCAGGAUGCAGUGAUUCAGCCGCUGGCUUCGGUGCUGCUGCCCGUGGAGGGUGCAGCGGGAGGGAAUCAGCGGCCUCUGAAGGGUCCCACGAGCGGCAUGCGCACUCUCGAAGGAUUGUUUGUGUCCUGGUUUCCAGUGGCCCUUGUGCUGCUUGCCGACCUUAAGCCGCGCACACUGCAAGAGCACGUUGGAAGCGAAGCCGGCGAAGCCGGCACCCAGGUGGACCUGGGUGAUGCAAAGAGAGUACUGGAGCUGAUGCGCUCCUGUCAAGGGCUGUUCGGAGUUCAGAGUGAAGGUCUAGGCAGGUACGGGAGAAGGUUCAAUGUCAACAUCUUCGGCAACUACACGGGCGCCCCGCUGGUCUUCUGCGGCAUUAACGGAGAGCCCGACCACCGGCACUUCCGCACAGCAUACCAACACCGGCUCUUGGGGCUGCAAGCUGCAAGGGCCCUUUCGUAG